UUUAUAUCAAUUUCAUAUCGAUCCUAAAAAUGGAUUUGAGAGCUAAGAUUACGUCUUACGAGCAACAUGGCAAUGCCACUUACUAUGUGUGCAGCUUUAAUAGAGGAGAAGGAGAGGAAAGAUCAUCAUGGGAGGUCAGAAAAAGAUUCUCUGAGUUUAAGGAGCUCAAUAAGAAUCUAUUAAUCAAGCACUCAGAUCUUCCUGAGUUACCAUCAACAACAUGGUUUAAAGUCAAAGAUACCAAUGCUUUGGAAAGUAGGAAGAAGAGUUUAAAUGAUUAUCUUCAGACUCUUUGUAAGAAAGAGGAGGUUGAAACAGACAAUGACUUCCAUAAUUUCAUCAAUCUUGAGGAAAACCUGCACAGCAUGGUUAAAUUCAAUAAAGAGAAGCUGCUUUACCAAUUCCCUGAUUUGCAUCAAAGUGUCAAAGAUCUCAUCGUUCUUGAAGAACAAAAGAUCUUAAUUGUUGUUUGUGGAGAAGAAGGCAUUCAAAGGAGAAUCACCUCAUUUUGGGAUAAAUUUAAGUUCCCAUUCUUGGCCACAGGAGAGCAAGAGGAAUCUCUCGGGAAAGUCGUCAUUUUUAAAAUCAUCGGUACUGACCCAUGGCAUGUUGAAUGACUUUUUGAAGAGAAGCUUAAAUCUCAAGCCACUUGUGUUCAGUUUGAUGAGUCCACCAAUUCAUUGGCAGUUGGGUUAGAGAGUGGAAAGAUCAGAGUUUUUGAAAUCCCUCUUAACUUUGAAUUUUUGAAAGAUAUUCCUUAUGAGUCCAACCAAAUCACUGCUCAUAGUGCAGGAGUCACAGGGAUUUGUAUGGAUGCAUUUAUUGGCUAUAUUUACUCUAUUGGCAAAGAUGGAAACUUCUGUGUCUCUGACAAAACAUCAUGUGAAAAUUAUUGGACCAAGAAAUUUGAUAAAUUCCAAUUAACCUCUCUAUUCCAUGAUACUGAGAACAAAAGAAUCUUUGCAGGAGAUAAUGGAGGUUACAUUCACGUGUUUUCUAUCAAAAAGUACCCACCAAAGAGGAUCACUAGUAUCAGAACGUCUGUGUCAAAUUCUAUUGCUACUAUCACCUCUUCUGAAGAUAUGAAAAAGCUAUAUGCUGGAACAGCUGAUGGAAUGAUUCUUUGAUUUGAUUUAGGAUCUUAUGGAAAAGAGAAAAAGAAUACUAAAGAAUACCCCUAUAGCUUGAAGAGCACCACCAAGUGCGUCUCACUAGAGAAGGACGAGACCCAUAACACUUUGAUUUCUGGAAAUGAGAGCGGAAAUGUGGCAAUCUGGUCACCAGAAGUGAAGAAAUGAGACUAUGUAUUUAAUGCUCAUCUCAAAUCUAUCACAUCUCUUCACUGGAACAAAGAUAUUAGAAGACUUAUCACAGGAUCUUCUGAUGGUAAGAUCAAGGUUUGGAAACUUCCAGAAGUCUGGAUGGAACCAGGACAGUUAAAGAAAAUCGCCCAAAUUUUCAUCAACGGCAAGGAAGAAGGUAAAGAAGAAACUAAGAAAGAUGAAGAAGAGUAAUCUUGGCGACUAACAAGUUCUUGGUUAAAACGAAAUACAUUCA